CAUCUGGAUGCUGCGACGCAUGAGAUUUUUCUUAUUUAACCCCAUGCUGCGGCGGCAAUAUUUCAUUCUCUUCUAAGGACAUGUAUUUAAGUAACACCGACAUCGUGUACAUAGAUAAGAGAGGCUUCGAAUUGGUUUGUACCCCGUUUCGUUCAGUCGAAUACCAUCCAGCCGUCUAUUACGUACACGUUCAUGAAAUUGAUUUACUAGUAACUGUUCGCUUUUCUAUCGUUUGAAACAAAUUCGAUUGAUAAAAAUAUGACGGUAGCUAAGACUAAUGGAGCGACGACAAUGGGGGCGACCACAAAUGUUCUCACCGAGAACGAGAAGCUACAAAACAAUGUUUCGUUGCCACAAAAGAACGAGGAGACCGAGGACGAGGAGGACGAAAUCACGUUGGAAGACUUGGCGCCGGACGGUGGUUGGGGGUGGAUUGUUGCGCUUGCCAUGACAGUAGUGUUUUUGACAAUAUUUGGACCGACUACGUCGUUUGCUAUAGUAUUCGGCGACUUACUUGAGGAGACUGGUAACGCUGGUACAGCGAUGACGCUCUUCAAUUCCGUUUUCAUGAUCACAUACUCUAUUUCUGGUUUAAUGACAAACACGUUAUUAAAAAAGUUCUCCAUGAGACCCGUGGGAUUGAUCGGCGCGGUUCUUUUCUCGGUACCAAACGUUUGCUUCGCUUUCGUGACGAACGUCUUCGAAAUGGCAUUUCUGAGUUUCCUGCAAGGGAUGGGACUCGGUCUACUCAUCACCAUCUGCAAUACGAACUUCAACGCUUACUUCGUGAAGAAACGAGCGCCAGUGAUGAGCGCGUCUCAGGUGAUCAUCGGCUUGGGUAGCAUCGCGUAUCCCAUAUGGAUCGAGAGAAUGAUGAAAAUGUACGGUUUUAGGGGAACGGCACUGGUGAUUGGCGCUAUGAGCCUGAAUUCUAUCGCGGGCAUGAUGAUGAUGCACCCCGUCGAGUGGCACGCGAGAAAACCGGAGGAGGUCCGGGCGGAAAGGGCGCGAGCGAGAGAGGAACGCAGGCUACGGGACAUGGUCCUCUCGGAUCGACGUUACAGUGACAUGGUACGAGUACCCACGAAAACGAGAUGGAGCAGCCUGACGAGUCUCAAGGGCGAAAGCGGGAAACAUGUGCCUCUCCUGAUUGAAACGCUGAAAUCUCCCGCAAAGAGGGUGGCUUCAAUAUCCGAGUUCGAGGAGCGGAUCAGUAAUCGGAUGAAGUCCGGGUCUAUGCGUGAAUUAUUAACGAGACGCUUGUCAGCGUUCUCGUCGACGAGUUUGGCGAACUUGGUGUCCGGUAUUGGAAGCUUGGGGGAAGUCAGUCAACACCGUAUUGAUAAAACUAAGGAGAAGCGAAACGAGAAAGGAGUGCAAGUUUCCAUGACGGAUGACAAGGAUAAUGAAGAAGGUGCAUUACAAGGGAUUCUAGACGAUUUUUUGGAGAUGUCGUUGUUGAAAAAUAUCGGUUUCCUGAACAUUUGCUUCGGCAUCAGCUUCGUCCUGUCUAGCGACUUCACGUUCGCCAGUCUGUUGCCAUUGAUGAUGACGAAGAACGGUUACACGCAGAGCCACGCGGCCACGGCGCUCACCAUCGGUGCUGCUGCCGAAUUGGUGUCGAAGAUUUUGCUAGCGAUUUUCACUCUCCUGGUGAAAGUCAAGUCGAAACAUAUAUUCUUCGUCGCGAUGAUCUGCAUGGCGUUCGCGAAAGCCGGUUACUUGUUUUACAACGGUACAUUGAUAGGAACGUUCGCGAUGGUAGCUGUGAUAGGAGUGGUCAGAUCAUGGUUACUGGUUCCUCAGCCGUUAGCAAUUAUAGAAGAUAUCAGUGUUGAUAAAUUUGCCUCGGCUUAUGGAAUUAGCGGUGCCAUCAGCGGUAUAAUUUCUAUACUAUUCGGUCCUAUAGUCGGGUUCCUGAAGGAUUGGACCAACAGUUUCGUCGUCUGCCAGGUUGCCCUUUUACUAAUGAACGUCCUGUUCGUUAUCCCGUGGGCAGUACAGUUCCUUUCAGAUUUACCAAAGAGGAGGAAGGAACGGGCGGAUAAAAUUGCCGCCCGUACUUCCGGUUCCCUUUCUGCGGAUUGAGACAAUAGGAGAGAGAUGGAGAAAGACCCCGCCGUGUACAGUCCCCCGGCCAAUCAACUGUGACCGUUAAUAAUCAUAUGCAACGUUCUUUAUUCCAUCACAAAGAGGAAGGAAACCGACGCAAGUAUUAGUAAUGUGUGUAAAUUACUUAAUUAAUGAUCAGUGCGAAUUAAAUAUCUCGAGGAUAGAUAAUAAUAAGAAAUAAAUUGUUAUUCGUAGUUGAUUGUACAUAUAUACGUAUUUAUACACGCAUGUAUUGAUAUUCUGAGUGAAGACGGUAAUUGAAAAACUUAGAAAGAUUUUCCGUAUGUAAAUAUACUGUAAAAAUGUUUAACACGGAUUUAUAAGGAACAACUGAUGUGUGAAACUAAUAUGUAAAACAAUAAAAUACUGUUAGAACGGAGUAAUUCGUAUGAAAACUGUUUAAUGACGGAUGGAGAAUAAUUUGUCAAACGAAUGUCGUUAUAAU